AUGACGACGGAUAUCUUUGCGAUCGACAAUCAUCUAGGAAAAAUAACCAUCAAUGGAUCUCUCGACUUCGAGAAAGUGCAGCGCUACACGUUAUUUGUUACAGCAAAAGAUGGCGGAGAUCCUCCUCUGGAGUCAAAGACAACGGUCAUCGUUGAUGUUUCAGAUGUCAGUGAUAACCCGCCUAGUUUCCUGAGACCUAUUUACCUCGAGUCCAUUCCAGAGAACAAACCAAAGGGCUCCUUGAUUGUUCAUGUUCAAGCAGUCGAUGGAGACUCUGGUGUUGGAAAUGCAGUCGAAUAUGAGAUCAUAGAUGGAAAUGACAAAGGACUGUUUGAUAUUGACAAGAGUUCGGGAAAUAUUACAGUCAAUGGCACCAUUGAUGUUGAAAAGACUGACUUCUUUAGAAUAACUGUCAAAGCAUCUGAAGUAGUUGAUCCAGCUUCCAACUCCACGGCCGUAGUACUCGUAACAGUGCUGGACACGAAUGACAACUCGCCCCAGUUUCUGCAGAAUCGUUACGACUUUAAUAUUCGAGAGGAUCUGGCUCAACCAGGAUACGUAAUAACUAAUCAGUUGAACGUACAAGACAAAGACAUCUAUCCUCAGAAUCGCCGCUUCCAAUAUUCUUUAUCAGGAGAGGACAGCAAAUACUUCACAAUCGACCAAUCGUCUGGUCUCCUCAGAGUUAAUGCGACCUUGGAUUAUGAGCAACAUAAGGCCAACUUCUCUUUCAAGGUAUUUGCAAACGAAAGUGAAAGUGAAGAGAGGCUUUCCGGUUUUGCCAUCGUGGAAGUUGAUUUGAUCAACAUAAAUGAUAACGAGCCCAAGUUCAACCAAAGUUCGUACAACUUCACUUACGAUGAGGAAAUCCAUGAAGGCUUCGUGAUCGGAACAGUUAUGGCCACAGAUGCUGAUCUUGGUUCUUAUGGAGAAAUAAAAUAUGAGUUGUAUGGCACUGGUGCAGCAAGCUUCACGGUAGACUCUUCAAAUGGUUCUAUUCGUGCGAGCAAAGUACUGGAUUACGAACAGAACAAAGAAUUCAUGUUCUUCCUGCUCGCCAAUGAUGGUGGAAGAUUUUAUGAGGAAGACAAAACUUACGUGACUACAAUCCGUGUUUUCUUGAGAGACGUUAAUGAUAAUGAUCCUGUGUUUCUGAAGACUCCAUAUGCUGUGGAGAUCAUGGAAAACCAAACUGAAAAUCUUUUUGUUUAUCAGGUCUCAGCAUCAGAUUUAGACUCCGGAGAAAAUGCACGGAUCUCCUUCAACAUAACAGAUGGCAAUAGUGGAAAUGCCUUUGCAAUAAAUGAAAGUGGAAUGGUUACCACUACGCUGAAACUAGACCGGGAAAAAGUUCCCUCGUAUUCGCUCACGAUCAUGGCUUACGAUCAUGGCGAUCCAUCUACAAAUACGACAACUAUUUUAGCUGUUACAGUCCUUGAUAUAAAUGACAACCCACCAGUGAUCUUUGAUGGACCAUAUCUCACAGCAAACGUUAGCGAGGGUAAAGGUGGAGGAACUAUAGUUUACACUUUCCGAGCUUCCGACCAAGAUGAAGGCAGAAACAAGAAGUUAACAUACGCCAUUUCUGCGGGCCAAAAUGGAGAAUUCAUCCUGAACAGUAACACAGGGGUGCUGCAAAUAUCUCCAACAGGCCUUGACAGAGAGCUUCAUUCCAGCUACAACCUGACAAUAAAAGUUACUGACGGAGGAAUUCCAGUGUUGUGGGUAAGUUAG